AUGUUUGAAGGAUUCCAAUCCUUUGACGUCAAAACGUCCAAGGAUAGUGUCACUAUCAAUGGGUUAAGGAGCGGUGACUCGUCGUCAUCAAAGCCUCCGUUGCUGUUACUCCACGGCUUUCCCCAGACCCUUCACAUCUGGCAUCGCGUUGCGCCUCAGCUCCUCGACAAAUACACGCUUAUCCUCAUCGACAUUCGUGGUUACGGAAAGUCUUCCAAACCAGAAAAUGUCUCGGCAUACGCCAAGAGCGCCAUGGCUCGUGACUGCAUCGACGUGAUGGACUCUUUGGGCUUUACCGACUUCUACGUCUGUGCCCACGAUCGGGGAGCGAGAGUGGCCCAUAAACUAUGCGUCGAUUAUCCGGACCGAGUGCGCAAAGUUAUUCUGCUCGAUAUUUGCCCGACGCUUUCCAUGUUCACAAAGACCAACUUCGACUUUGCCAAAGCGUACUUUCACUGGUUUUUCCUCAUCCAGGAUGCGCCACUCCCCGAGAUGAUGAUCGCUGGGCGGUCGAGGCAAUUUGCGGAGCUGUUCAUGGGAGGACGACAGAAAGACGGGUUGAAGUUUUUUGAUCCGGACUGUUUCGACUUUUAUGCCAAGAGCCUGGGAGAUGAGGCGACCGUUCACGCCAUGUGCAAUGAUUACCGGGCGAGUGCAACUUUGGACUUGGACGAGGCCAGGGAGGACUUGAAGCAGGGGCAUAGGAUUCGCAGCCCUUUGCUUGUGAUUUGGGGGAAGCAUGGGGUUAUUGAGAAGUGUUUCGACGCUGUCAAGGAGUGGAAAGAUGUCACUGAGCCUGGUGUGCCCGUCGAGGGCUAUAGUGUUGAGUCUGGGCACUAUAUCCCAGAACACGCGCCCGGAGAAGUUGUGUCUGCUGUUCUGAAAUUCUUCAAGUAG